AUGUGGAAGGAAGCGGAGUUUGACAAUGUCACUUUUAAGAAACAACUUUGGAACAAAUUGAAUGAUUUGGAUGUUAGAGAGGAGACUCAUCCUUUAACAGGUAAGGAAAAGUUAGAACAAGUUAAUCUCCGUACUGAUAUUGAAAAACUCAUUCUAUUAGAAGAGAUUAGUUGCAGGAAAAAGUCUAGGGUGCUACACUUGAGGGAGGGGAAUGCAAAUACCAAAUUUUUCCAUAGAACGGCUAAUUCCAAUAGAAGAAAUAACGAUAUUGAAAGCCUUAUGCAAGUUGUUCGACCAUUUUCAGAAGUCUUGGUAUUUCUAAGGAUAUCCGAUGAUAAUGCAAAUUGGCUAGAUAGACCCUUUGAGGAGGCAAAAAUUUUUUAUGUCAUACAGAAUUUUAAUGGUGAUAAAUCGCCUAGACUAGAUGGGUUUCCAACGACUUUCUUCCAAGCUUGCUGGGGGAUUCUCAAACCUGAUCUUAGGGGUGUCCAACUCAACCUCAAACCAAUCCACCCGGUAAAUCCAACCGGAACUGGACCGACUGCUAGCCGACCCAACUAUUCCGGCGGUCGACGGCAGUUUGAGAAAAGUUUGAAUGCAACAUUCAUCACUCUCAUUCCCAAAAAAAAUGCAGCAAUUGAAGUCAAGGAUUUUCGCCCCAUUAGUCUUGACCCUAUACUUAUUGCUAAUGAAUGCCUUGACAGUAGAUUGAAAAUUGGUUUUCCAGGGCUACUUUGCAAAUUAGAUGUUGAGAAGGCUUUUGAUCAUAGUUUCAAGGGGUUGAGACAAGGUGACCCACUAUCCCCUUUGCUGUUUGUCUUGGUUAUGGAAGCCCUUGGGAGAAUGUUGGAUAAAGCUAUCCAUGAAGGUCACAUGUCAGGCUUUGGUGUGAGUCGUUUAGAGGGAAGAUCUUUGGCGGUGUCUCAUCUUCUCUUUGCGAACGACACUCUAAUUUUUUGUGAUGUUGAUCUGGAUCAGAUAAAUUUGGGCAAGUCAAAGUUGGUUCCUGUUGGUACGGUGCAUAAUUUUGACUUUUUGUUGAAUGUCCUUGGCAGUAAACAAGAUAAGGAGGUUAGUGUGGCUGAGCUUAUGAAGUUUGAUAAUGGAGUCCUGUUUUGGGAUGUAAGUUUCUUUAGGGGUGUACAUGCUCGGGAAUUAAAGGCACUGGCCGAUUUCAUGGAUACCAUAUAUGGUGCUUUGGUGAAGGAGUUUGGUAAGUAUAAGAUGUGCUGGAAACCUGAUAGAGAAAGGGCUUCAUGGUUAAGGAUUAUUAUAGUCUUUUAG